UAAAUCAUAGCUUAACUCUCAAAGAGUGGCGCCUCGGCAAACCUAAUGAACUCGCAUAAGGUGAAAAAAGAUGGGGAUUUGCAGCUCCUCUGGGCCAAGCACGACGGUCACGGCAAAACUAAUCCUUGAAGAUGGCCGGCUCGAGCAAUUCCAUGUCCCAGUAAGAGUUUCACAGAUAUUACAAAGGAACCCUAGCUGUUUCAUAUGCAACGCAGAUGAUUUGGGCUUUGAUGACCUUGUUUCAGCCAUUAAUGACGAUGAAGAGCUUGAGUUGGGUCAGCUUUACUUCGAGUUGCCAGUUAGCUGGUUGGACACUCCCAUUAAGGCUCAAGAAAUGGCAGCUUUGGCUGUAAAGGCAAGUUUGGCCGUAAAAAUGGUUGGUGGUAGAGAUGGGUGUUGUUGGUUUCGUCUGAGAAGUGUGGAUCUGGUGGAGUUGAAUACCAAGAAAACUUUGGAAGAUAGCCCAUUGGUCACAAUUGGUGACCACGGUGGAGGACUGGUGGCAAGGAGGAGGAGGGGUGGCGGCGGCAGAGAAAGGAAACUUAAUAAUAAGUUGAGUGCUAUUUUAGAAGAGUAAUAAGACUGAUACAUCUUGACAUGUUAAUUUGUUUUUCUUCUCUUUGUAAACGUAUUUUUUAAGCUACAAUAUUUCACUUGUCUUCUCACUGUUCUAUCUGUAUUGAAUCCAUUUGAUUUCUCUCUGCAGCAUAAAGAGGGCUGGUUGCUAGUGAUUCUGUUUUCUGUCCCUUUGAUCUUAAGAGUCAAAGGAUUUAGGCUCUCUUCCGCGUAGAUGUUAAAAGCAGUGUAUGAACGUUUGGCUACAGUUAACACGGUUAAUAUUUCUGAAGAACAUGGUCAUAGUAGCCGAUGUUUUUACUACUUAAGAGAGGAUUUGUUCCUCUCUACCUCUGAGUGGAGUUGUGCAAAUAAAUAAUUUUUAUUUAUGACU